UGGAGAGGGGUAAAGUAUAGCAGCCUGCAUUGCAGCAGUUUGAUGUCAAUUUCGAGUUCCCAUACAGUGUUUCCGUAAAUGCUUUGACUUUCACAGAAAAUUAACCUAGUCAAGGCUUAAAUGUCAGUACAAAACUUGUUUUGAAAGCUUCAACUGCAACAACAACGACAAAAACAAUUGUAACAUCCAAGUUUCUCUCAAUUUACAUUGAAAAAUGGACGGGCAACUACCCAAGAAAGAAAAAAGCUCUGUAAAAAUACACAUACCUUCUCCAUCAGAUUUUGCAGACCUUGAAGAAGAACUUAACAAAAAAAAAACGAAAAGAGAACCAGCUAAGACAAGAUGUGGACUACUAGAUCUUUUGCCACCACCUAAAAGUGCUGCGGAUUUAGGGAAAAAGAACUCUUUCGUUCCACAUGUUUUAACAAAAAAAUCUACAGAUAAUAAAGAUAAAGUCAAAGUUGUUCCAACUAAACCAAUUGUUAGCCAAGUGACAAAAUCAGCUGUGCCUCUUACUCAAAAGAAACCAGAAGCUCCUGUAGUAGUCAGUCAACCAUCCUCUUCAUUAUCGUCAUUGGCUUGUUAUUACAGUGAUUCUGAAAAUGAAGAAGAAGAGGUAGAAGAAAAAGAUGAGAAAGAUGAGAUGCAUACAAAAGAAAGUACAAGUAGUAGCGCUUCAACUGGGAUGGAUUUCUUUUCAUUGUCUUCUUCUUCAAAAAUACCUGAUGAACAUUUAAAACCAAUUAGUACUGAAGAACUCAAUGAAAUGGCUGGAAUAAGUACUGCAAAUCACAAUGAAUUGAUUGAAGAAAAUGCUAGGACUCAGCACACUGAACAGCCUGGUAACCUGUUAACCAGUACCGUUAUGAAUUUACCAAGGGAAGAAAUAAUUUUGAAAAAUAAAGUAGAGUUUGGUCCCAAACUACCUAUACCUGAACAAGAAUAUCAUGUUGAUCAAGAAGGCAACGUAGCUUUUGAUGAUAAAGCUAUUGAAUACUUAUGUGGUAAAAGGGGAGUUAAAAGAAAAAAAGAAUUCAGCAAUGUUGAUAUAGUAGAAAUAAAUGGAGAAGAUAUGAAACCAGAUGAAAGAGAAUGGCUUGUAAAAGCACUUACUGAGGAACAAGUAGUUAGACCUGUAUCUGCUAAUUCUGGUCCAGGAGGUGCAUCCAAGAAGAAACAUCAAAUUACAUAUUUGGCUCAUCAAGCAAAAGCUAUGGAAUUAGAGCUUAAGAAUCAAUGGGCCCACAAUAAAAGUGCCAGACAACAGUGUAGAUCAAAAUAUGGUUUUUAAUCUAAAUUUAAUAACAGAAUGGUCAAAAGUGAAAGACGUUUGUAAAUGUAUUAUAAAUAUUUAUUACUUUAAGUUAAUUUUAAAAACUAUGUAUAAAAAUAUAUUUUCAUUAUGUAAAAUGAAAGAACUUGUUAAAUUAUACUGUUUUACAGAA